ACACAACAGUUUGAAUCUUCUACGAUUUUUUAAUUUUCCGUUAGGUGACCACAACUUGAUUUCCUAAACGUUCAUGAAAUAUGUGAACAAUUAAACCUAUCUAUAUAUAGAUGUCGUGGUGCGGGUAGUUUAAGAGACUGAGAGAGAGAUAAAGAUGGUGAACACUGGUGUACCUGUUAUCACUCUGAGCUCGGGGAAAGGGAUACCUGUUUUAGGUAUGGGAACAUUUGAAACAGUUGGUAAAGGGGGUGAACGAGAGAGGUUGGCGUUUUUGAAAGCGAUAGAGGUGGGUUACAGACACUUCGAUACUGCUGCGUGCUACCAAACUGAAGAGUGUCUUGGUGAAGCUAUAGGGGAAGCACUUCAACUUGGCCUAAUCAAAUCUCGAGAUGAACUCUUUAUCACUUCUAAGCUCUGGUGCACCGAUGCUCACCCUGAUCGUGUUCUUUUGGCUCUUCAGAGUUCUCUGAGGAAUCUUAAGUUGGAGUAUCUGGAUCUAUACCUGAUACACUUUCCGGUAAGCUUGAAGCCAGGGAAUGAGGUCACUAUGGACGCAGCAGGGGGCAAAAUUUUUCUAAUGGACUACAAGUCUGUAUGGGCAGCCAUGGAAGAGUGUCAGAACCUUGGCUUCACUAAGUCAAUCGGUGUCAGCAAUUUCUCCUGCAAAAAGCUUCAGGAAUUAUUGGCGAUAGCGAACAUCCCUCCAGUUGUAAAUCAAGUGGAGAUGAGCCCAGUUUUCCACCAAACGAAUCUGAGAGAGUAUUGCAAGGCCAAUAAUAUACUGGUGACUGCAUACUCGAUUUUGGGUGGCAAAGGAACCGCAUGGGGCUCCAAUUCAGUUUUGGGUUCCGAGGUGCUUAACCAGAUUGCUAUCGCCAGAGGAAAGUCUAUUGCUCAGGUUAGUAUGAGAUGGGUAUACGAGCAAGGGGCGAUUCUUGUGGUGAAAAGUUUCAGUGAAAAGAAUAUGAGGGAAAACUUGAACAUAUUCGAUUGGGAACUGACUAAGGAAGACUUGGAAAGGAUUGGUGAGAUUCCACAGCGCAGAUUAAUAAUUCAGGAAUUUAUGAUAUCAUCUAAUGGACCUUUCAAAUCUCUAGAAGAGUUCUGGGAUGAAAAAGCUGCUUGAAACUUCAUGUUAGAACAUGCUAUGGUCAUUGAAUUGCCAUUAUUUGUUUCCGGACGUGUUUAACGUUGUAUGUAUGCAAUCAUUGACAUCUUUUUAAUAUUUGGUUCCUUUUGUUUUGUUUCUUGCCUAUCUAUAUAAUUGAUUUGGUGCUGCUCUCAGCAUAAUACCAUUGGCGAAUUAUCCUUUUAUUUA